CCCCCGUCUCUCUCUCUCUCUCUCUCUCUCUCUCUCUCACUAGGAUUGCUCAACCCGUCUCUCUGUCCCCUCUUUAAAAAAAAAAACAGUUUCUCGGGAAAAUUUGAAGUUCGCUCCGGCUAAAUCCUCCAUUUUCCUUCGUCAUGCCAUUUUGAUUUCACCAGAAUUUUUUUUUUGUUUUCUCGAGAAAAUAAGACAUUUUCCGGGAAAACAUAGCAACAAUUCGUAUUAAUUCGUUGAAAUCGCUGUUGAUUUGAUUUGAUGCUAGGAUUUUAUCAUUUGGACAGCAUUGGAAUGAGCAGAUCAGGCCACGGACUCUGGGUUUGAAAUUCCAAAACUGUUGAAGAAGAAGAAGAGGAGGAGGAGUGGUUUGGAGGAGUGGAUUGGUAAUUUUGAGGAAUGGAGGCUACGUGUGGGACGACUCUGCAAUUUGCGUCGCCAUGGAUUGGAUCGGAGAAGAUUGAGGGGAGAUUGAAUGGAUUUCUAAGGGUUUCUCAGAGGCGUAGAAAAGAUUAUAGGCUUAAAUCGAUUCAUUUCACCGAGUUUCAAUGGAGAACUGAGUCGACUCCGCGUCGACGGGUUUCUUCCUCUGUUUCACACCCUUGCAAUGAUUCUCAAGCUCCUGCACCGCAAUCAGGAAAUUUUCACAGUUUUGAUGAAAAUUGGUUGUUAAAGAGAAAGGGUGAGGAGGUUGCUUCAUAUUUAAAUGGUCGCUGUAUAUUUCUUGUUGGAAUGAUGGGCUCCGGAAAGACUACAGUGGGCAAGAUUUUGUCUGAAGCACUAGCUUAUUCUUUUGUUGACAGUGACAAAUAUGUUGAGGAGUCUCUGGGCGGAAGUACUGUGGCUCAGAUCUUUAAGAAGUUUGGUGAGAGUUUCUUUCGAGACUAUGAGAGUGAGGCGCUGAGGAAUUUGUCUUUAAUGCCGCGACAAGUUGUUGCCACUGGUGGUGGUGUAGUGAUUCGCCCUAUCAAUUGGGAACAUAUGAAGGAGGGGGUCACUGUCUAUCUAGAUGUUCCCUUGGAUGCCUUGGCACGCAGAAUUGCUGCUGUAGGCACUGGCUCUCGUCCUCUCUUGGAUUUUGAUUCAGGGGAUGCUUACACUAAGGCUUUCAUGGGUUUGUUUACUCUUUCAAAAAAGAGAGGGCAUGCUUAUGCUAGUGCUGAUGCUACGGUAUCCCUUCAAUAUAUCGCAGCGGAUCUAGGUCUUGAUAUAUCUGAUAUCACACCUACCGCUAUAGCACUAGAGGUACUGGUACAAAUUGAGAACUUCCUCCAACGCAACAAUGGCAUGUCCAUCAAAAUGUUCCCUUAACCUUAUGCAUACAUGGUUAUUUUUCCUCAGCUGUUUUCUUAUCUUAUGGGCUUCAUACCUACUUUUUUAUGAUGGAACUGUUAUAACAUCCCAAACCAAGAACAUAACAGAAUUUUAAAAAUAGUUGUCUUGACUGGUUGGUUGAUUAUGUGUACUAGGAGUGCAACAACUGAACAGGUUGGUUCAGUUUUUUCAUUACAUUGAUUUGGUUCUAAGCUUUAAAAUCAACCUGAUGGGAUUUGGGUUGAGUUCUGGUAAAUCAAACCAACCCAAGACUGGAACCCAUAUAUUGUAAAAAAUUUAUUUUUGUUCACACGUCUUCCUGUAAUUGUUUUGUUAUAAAUACUAAAAAGUGGACUUAAUUGUACUUUAUUA